ACUUACUGUGUUCUGUCAUCUUAUCAGACAAUCUAUUCCAAUCAUACAGAUUAUGGCCUUAUCAAAAGCUGUGAUCAAAGAUACUGAUAUGGAAUUGAGUAUGCAAGAAGAAGCUGUCAAUGUAGGUGCAACUGGUAUGGAAAGGCAUCAAGUGGACAAAGAUGUUGCCUCGCAUUUGAAACAAUAUUUUAAUUUAAAAUAUGGUCGUACAUGGCAUUGUAUUGUUGGCAAACAGUUCGGGAGUGAUAUUUCACAUGAAGAACGCUGCUUUAUAUACUUUUUCUUGGGUGACAGAUCGUUUCUUCUUUUCAAAUCUGGUUAAGAAAAAACAAGUACUAUAUUUAUCAUUAUUGUUAGUCAAUUUUAUGCUCCAAUA